AAAGUGAAGAAUACAUAGUUCGACUGUGAGAAAAUUCGUCCGUUUCUAUCGUUAUAUGUGUUCACCCGGUGGGUGCUACCUGGUGGCGAGUUUGACGGGAUUGAAAGUUCGAUGUGCUAAAUCGAUGCGCUAGUGGCUGUGUCGCCGAGUUAAGAGGGCACGAAGCCAUCGCUAGUUAGUGGGUGGCAUUCAGCUGGUGCAAAACGAUGUCGAUCGUUCUGAGUGCUGUGUGUGAAAAGUUUCAGUGCCACUGUUGCAUUGAAAUGGAAUGAAAGUGAAUUUUACUUCGUGUUAUUUGUGGAAGUAGUGAUGAUGUCCGUUUCAAAAAUAUGAUUGUGGAAAUUUAAGUUACUGUAGUAAGUCAAAUUAAACAGUUUUCUGAAGGAACAUCCAACAGUAAAACUAGAGAAUAAUGAAUAAGCAGAAAGUAAAGGACCAAAAGCGGCCGAUAUAUGAGGACAUAAAGAUCGAUACAGCGUUCCGAAAAAUUAGUCCCAAAGCAAUAGGAUUCUACGUGUGGCGAAUACAGAAUGAUCAUGUCGAAGCCCUACCCAAAGAACAGUUCGGAACGUUCUACGACGAGAACACCUACGUGAUUUAUUCUGCGGCGCUGGCCGGUACAAUUUCCGAUAAAAAUACUAUUUGUCGCGAAAUCAAAACUCCCGGUGCGGUUGUGGAACGCUAUAUUCACUUUUGGUUGGGUGCAAACAUCACAUCGGAUCGGUCGAAAUCAGCAGCGUAUAAAAUAAUCGAACUGGAUUUGCAUCUUGACCACAAAACUACGCAGUACCGGGAAAGUCAAGGUCACGAAGGGAUUCGGUUUCUGUCGUAUUUCAAAGACGAUGGUAUUCUUAUCCAAUCCGGAACGGAUCCUUCAUCAUACCCAAAUUUCCCGCGGCUGUACCAAAUAAAGGGCCGAACGACGCCACAAUGUAUCCAGCAGAAGGCAAUCACCUGGCAGCAUUUCAACUGUGGCCACGUGAUGAUCCUGCAAACGCCGAAAAUUCUGUUCGUUUGGGUCGGUCGAACUACCGGGUCAUGCGAGAGGAUAUUCGGGUUGAAAAUUGGUACCAAGCUGAAAGAUUCCUUCAAAAUCCCGGAAAUUGCCAUUGUAGAUGACGGCUACGAACAGUCGAUGGCUGCCUCGAGGAAAGAAGUGUGGAACAGCUUUCUUAGUUUAUCGCAAAGAUUUGUACAGCCGAUGGCACUGAGUCCUUCGAAUGCGGACAUCACGCUAAAACUUUACCAAUGCGAUACGGUUAACGGAGUUUUUCGCGUCGAGCUGGUCAAAACGGGUGCAUUGGAGCAAUCAGAUCUGUACGGAAGGGAUAGCAUUUAUAUCAUCGACUAUUUCUGCAAUGGAGUGUGGAUUUGGAUUGGGCGAAGUUCACAUAAGCAAAACCGAGCCGAAGCAAUGCGACAUGUGAGAGGAUAUGUGAUUAAGAAAGGUUACCCUGCAUCCACACCCGUGGCUCGUGUUAUCGAUGGUCUCGAACCGGCUGAAUUUACCAGUCUGUUUCCAAGUUGGAUCAGUGCCGAUAUGAACGGAAACUCAAUCAAGGGCAUGUCGGAGAAGUUUGAUGCUCUUACGUUGAUUCAGCGGCCCAAGUUGGCAGCACAGACACAAUUGAUGGAUGAUGGGUCCGGUGAUGCAACCGUGUACCAAAUCGGCGUUGAAGAUGUCAAAGAGAUUCCUAAAAAGUACAGCAAAACAUUGUAUUCGGGCAAUUGCUACAUAGUCCACUACCAGCUGUCUUGUGUAUCGGAAAAUAACAUUAGUACUCUGGGCAAUUCAAUCAAAAACGUUGUAUAUCUGUGGAUUGGUUCGAAUUCUCCCAUCGAGUAUCGUCAGACUGGGGAAGCAUUUCUCGCCGAAAUGUGCAACCAUUUGAAGAAGAAUGUUGUUCAGAUUAGAAUUAGCGAUGGCAUGGAACCUCCCCAUUUCCUGCAGAUUUUUAAAGGAGGGCUGAUAGUUUUCAAUGCAAAAAGUCCCACCGGCGACGCAGCUCUGAACCUACGGAAAUAUCCCAGCAGUUUUGUGCUGAAAGUUGUUGGCAACUCGACAUUCACCUGUAAGGCAGUUCAAGUUUCCAGCAAAACUUUGUACUAUCCGGAAGACUGCUACAUUUUGAAAGCUCCGGACAACGAGAUAUGGAUAUGGUGCGGACAGUAUUCGACUGGAGAUUCAAGAGAAAUGGCCAAAUCUAUAACGUCUGUCUUGGGAGAGUAUAAUCUGGUGAUGGAAUCGAACGAAACGGAGGAAUUUUUCAAUUCGGUUGGUGAGAAAUUUUUAAAGCAAUUGAAAAAAACACAUGGAAAUAUCAUUACUCCGAUGAUGAAUGUAACACUAACUUGGGAAAGACAACGGAUUGGGCUGUACAUGUGUUCGCUGGAGCAGGAGAAAUAUGUCUUAAGCAAAAUUUUCGGAUUCACACAGAAAGAUCUGAGGCCGGAAAAUAUGGUGCUACUGGAUGCCGGGAACAUAGUGUAUGUCUGGGUUGGGGAAUACGUGUCUCCGGAUGAUCGAUCGCAGUGUUGGGAUUUGGCCAAAUAUCUUAUCACCACCCAUCCAGUCCAGCGAGAUGUCGGUAUGCCGAUGGCUGUCGUACGGCAGGGGGAGGAGCCCGUAACAUUCGUUGGAUUUUUCGAAAAAUGGGACAAAAAAUACUACGAGAAUUACGUUCCGUUUGAGAAAAUUCGAGCUGAACUGGAAACACCGGGAGCACCGACGCCCAUUCCUCGUGGUUCGAUCAAUAGCGACAACGGAACAGCAGAUGAUUUUGACAAAUAUCAGAAAUACCCACUGGACAUGUUGCGAGGUGAUUCAACCAAUCUACCGUCUAGUAUCAAUCCUACCCGAAAGGAGGUGCACCUGACGCAUGACGAUUUUGUGACCGUGUUCAAAAUGCCCUAUCACGACUUUGAGGAACUGCCAAAGUGGAAACAAGUCGAGCUGAAGAAACAGAAAAAACUAUUUUAACUUGUUGCACCAAUUUAUAAAUUUAUGACACUGCGAUUGCCAAGAUAAUGAACGUGUUGAAAAUUUUAAUGUGAAAUAAAUUAUACACAACUGUUUU